AUGGGCUUUGCGGGUAAAUCAAAGCAGAAGAGAUUUAUUAACGAUGGUGUUUUCAACGCUGAAUUGAACGAGUUUUUAUCAAGAACAUUGGCAGAAGAUGGUUAUUCAGGUGUAGAGCUGAGAAUCACACCUGUUAGAACUGAAAUAAUAAUUAGGGCCACAAGGACUCGUGAGGUUUUGGGUGAAAAGGCCAGACGCAUAAGAGAAUUGACAUCGCUUGUUCAAAAACGCUUUGGGUUUAGUUCCGAUUCAGUUGAACUUUAUGCUGAACGUGUGGAGAACAGAGGUCUAUGUGCCAUGGCACAAGCGGAAUCUCUUCGUUACAAGUUACUCAAGGGUCUGGCUAUAAGGCGUGCUGCUUAUGGCGUUUUAAGGCAAAUUAUGGAAUCUGGCGCUAAAGGUUGUGAAGUAAUUGUCUCUGGUAAACUCAGAGCUCAAAGAGCCAAGAGUAUGAAGUUCAAGGAUGGUUAUAUUAUCUCAACAGGACAGCCAGCACAGGAAUAUGUUAACACUGCCGUCAGAUCAGUACAAUUACGUCAAGGUGUAUUAGGAAUUAAAGUUAAAAUUAUGUUACCAUAUGAUCCUGAAGGUCGUUUAGGUCCUUCUACACUAUUACCUGAUACUGUUACUGUUUUAGAUCCCAAAUCUUAA